CGGGGACCUACUAAAGCUAUUUUGAAAGUGACCCCUCGGCCAGAGCGCGGGGAGGGAGCAGCGAGCCGGGCGCAGCUGUCCGGAAUCAUGACUGAAGAUGACGGAUUCCGUGGUGGUGGAGGGUCACGUCAAGUUGAGAGAUGGAAAAAAGUGGAAGAGUAGGUGGCUGGUGCUGCGCAAGCCCUCCCCGGUGGCAGACUGUUUGCUCAUGCUGGUGUACAAGGAUAAAUCUGAACGAGCGAAAGGGCACAAGGAGAGAAGCAGCGUGACCUUAGAAGACAUCUGUGGCUUGGAUCCUGGGCUCUCCUAUGAGGGCUUGAAUCACACCCUUGCAAUCAUCUGUCUUUCUCAAGUCGUGAUGCUAGGAUUUGAGAACAAGGAAACAAUGUAUGCGUGGGAUAUACGAAUCCGCUACAGUUUGGGGGAAGUUCAUAGAUUUCAAGUUUUUGUAGCACCUGGCACUAAACUAGAGAGCGGGCCUGCUAUGCUGCAUUUCUGCAAUGACAUUCUCGUCCUUGCAAAAGACCUUCCUCCUAGUGUUAUGGGGCAAUGGAAACUCUCAGAUCUGCGUCGAUAUGGAGCUGUCCCAAAUGGAUUCAUCUUUGAAGGGGGUACAAGGUGUGGCUUCUGGGCUGGUGUUUUCUUCCUCUCUUGUGCUGAAGGAGAGCAGAUCAGCUUUCUGUUUGACUGUAUCGUCCGCGGCAUCUCCCCGACGAAAGGCCCUUUUGGUUUGCGUCCAGUGCUACCAGAUCCAACUACAAAUCCGGCAUAUUCAGAAGAAAGAUUGGCUCAUGAAGCUUUGCAAUUAGAGAAGCGCUUGAGCUUGCUGUCUCAUACAAGUCGCCAGGGCAGCGGAGGAGAUGAUCGAAGUCUUUCAAGCUCAUCUUCAGAUACCAGCCACUCGGAUGUUAGCGUUGGGAGCAGAUUGACAAUUUGGCCUGAACAGUCUUCAGCCAGCACUUCACAAGAGAGUCAUGGACUGGCAGCUGCAAAGGGCGUUCAUCUUGGGGAAGAAAAGAUCCAUCCAGAAGGGGCACGUGGCAUCGCCAAACCGCCUCCAAAGCCCCUUCGGUCCAGACAACUGCAAGAGAUAGGCCGUCAGAGUUCAUCUGACAGUGGAAUAGCUACUGGUAGUCACUCUUCUUACUCUGGAAGCUUCUCUUCCUAUGCUGGGAGCUUGGACAUCUGCCAUGGCGAUGAGUUUGGAUCAUUGCUUAGCCUGCCAUUGAACUUUCCUUCGGAUCAGAAUUUAUGUACUUGUCCUCACAGUGAGCCUCAGAGAGGUGUGGGAUCAGAGUAUCAGGUUCCCAGCUCUCUCAGACAUAUUUAUGAUAUACCCAGGAGUUUGUUACAGGCAGCUGCUAAAGAUGUGCAACCCAAGAGUGCAGAUUCCACGCUACCCAAGGACCAGGCCCUGCCUCACGGUGCUAAUGAUCCAAAACUGCUCCUUCCACACUUAGAAGCACAGAGGGCACCAGAGCACAGCCAGGACAGAGGGAGACCGUCAUCCUUACUCCCAGAAAGCACCAAAGACUCAAGUAAUGAGGCGUGUGUGGAUUUUGUUUCGAGGUGGUCAGAUGCAAAACCACCAGGACAGGUGUCUGACUCCAAAAGUAGUGAGUUAGCGCCACCUAGUGGAGCCUCAGCUGACCCCUAUGACACAUGUAGCCCCCACCUUGGGAUGACAAGAGCUCUUUUUUCAGCUUGUCCAAUCUGUGGUGGACUAAAGGGAUCAGCAAUAUUACAGCCAGGAGUCUUACCAGCUCUACCAGGUGCUUCUUCUGUCAUGGCAGCUUCUGGGUCUCUGAAACUACAGAGAGGGCACAGUCUCCAAGCUGGUCCUAAAGGUGGUUAUGAGGUGCUGACACUACCUGCAGAACCUGGAACUCCUACUAGCUCUGAGGAACCUGAAGGGGCUGUAGGUUAUUCAGCUGAUGUCCCUACAUCAGAUCGACCCCACAGUGAGACAGCCACCUACGUUAAUAUUCCUGUCAGUCCUACUUCCAAAAAACAACUUCAUUACAUGGAACUGGAACUUCAAGAAGCCAGCACAAGCAUAAGAGGGAGUGGAUCAUCCAGAUAUGCACAGAUUGACAUUGCAGCCACCGAGACAGCGCACAAAGUGGGAACGCAGCAUGCGCAGUGCCGGGAGGAACGCUUGCAGGAGCUGGAGCAGAAGAAGAAAGGAGCUCAGCAGUGACUUAUCUAUGAAAGAACUUUUGCUCGCCAUAAAUUGGUACUAAUUUAAAUUCCAAAAGAUUGAAAUUUAUUUGAAAAAAAUACAAAGCUGCCAUUGCAUAUUGUAUUUAUACCAGAUUCAUUCCAAUAUUUUGAUUCCUAAUUGGAAAGCUGGUAACGUGGGGGGGGGAGGAGGUGCAUUCUUUCUUUUUUUAAAAAAAAUUUUUUUGGUUGUAAAUUCCUUUUUUUUUUCAUAUGCAAUAGAUGUAAACUACCUUUUUCUAUCAGUCUAAAGUCAUGUAGGAACCUGGAACCAAUUCCAGUGCUUUUUAAAUGGUGGCAUUUUCUUUAAAGAAUUUGAAUGUGUGCAGAUAAGGGGAUGUGAGUGUGCGUGGUAUGUGUACACGUUUGCACACGUGCAUAUGUAUGUUUGUAUGUAAGCACACAUUACAAAUAAAAUAUAUGUAUAUGUCUGAGUGUAUAAAUUAUGUAAAACCUUUAUUAAUGUAUUAAUGAAAUCUUAUGAAAGCCAGAAAACUCAGUGCCUGAUUAUUUGCAGGCAUGGUUUUGUUCAAUUUAUAUGCUCAUUGAAGGACGUACUUAACUGUAUCUAGGAGUAAUUAAGUUUUAUACCUCACCAAUAUUUGGCUAAAAUUGCUCUGCUUUACAUUUUGCAGUCGUAGGGAUGCAUACAGGCAAGAGCACACACACAUACAAAUGGUUUAAUUUAAUUAUGUCUGAAAAGCUAAGUAAUUUGUAGUGAUGUUUUGGAUGCUUCUGUUCUUAAAAGCCCUGUGUUAGACACAAUGGGCUUUGAUUUCAUAGUUGCUGUGUACCUGUAAUUCUUAUCAAUUCUUAUCACCUGGAAUUUAACAUUACAUACUGACAAAAUCAGAUGCCAGCUUUCUCACACAGAAUAGAUUAAAUUAAGUUAUUCAGAAGAAAUAGAGGUAAACAAACAUUUGAAAUUUGAAUUCUUUAUUUAUCUCUCCAAAGCUAUGCCUGAAGUACCAGCAUAAAAAUGGGAUUAUCCACAUUGACAUGAACACUUUUUUUUGGACUAAUUCUUUGAUAUAUGUAAGUAGCAUUAAACCAGUCCUGGGUUAGAGCAAAAUGUCUUCCAAGAUGUUGUGUGAGGCAGAAUUUGACCUAUAAAUUUAUUUGAUUGUAGCCUCAAUCAUAAUGGAAAAUAUCAGACAUCUCUCAAAUUAAAAAAAAAAAAAAAAUGCAUUUGGGAGGUGAUAACUGCCAUUGUCAUAUUUUCUGUAUGUAGAAAUUAUUUAUUACCCUAGCUUAUUUCUGAAGUGAAAAAAUAAAUAUUUCUUAUGAGACUCUCAUUUUAAAAUAUUUCCUUACUAUUUGACAAACAGGCCAUAGUGAUCUACUCUGUAAGCACAUGGUUGGUACAAAGGGAGUAGCAUAAACUUUUUCCCUGGACUUGAAGCUCCUUGGGCCCAGGUUUUCUAGGGCCCAGUGCUCACCAGGACCAACCAGUGUUGUUCUAUCACAAGUUCUCCACUGCGGGGCUUGCAGGAUGAAACUUCUGUGAUGUUUAUUUAUAUUUCAUAUUUAAAAUGAGUCUUGCUAGCCUGAUGUACUGAAAUGCAGUGUUUUCCAGUUCCAUUUGUUGCUUAGCCACUGUUUCAGAGCUGUAUUCUGAUAAUGAAUAAAAAGUUGGGAUUUCAGAAGGCUGGAGUUUAGACAUAAGUAGUGGAUUUCCUUGUGCUAUUGUAUAGCCUCUGUGCCAGUGCAGAACUGUUUUCUUGAUGCAGUAAGUUUCUUUCUUCCUAUUGUGGUAUUAGAAUGUGUGACAACAGAAUGGAGCAAUGCUCUGAUUCACAGUCCCCAAGCCACUGGCCUUGAUCUCUCCUCUGCACAGUAGUGAACCUUCCAUCUGCGUGGACUCAGCCUUUAGCAAACCAUACACAGGACCAUGCUUAUGACGUUGUUAUAUUUAUGCAUCUUGUUUUCCCUGGAAAGAUCCUCAGCCAGUCACAUUGCUUUGCAAUUGAGCUUGAAGGGAGAUGUUAACUUAACACUGUGCAGCAAUGAAGCCAUACGAAAUAAAGAUGGAAGACUUAGAAGUUAUUAAAUGGAAAUUUGUAACGACUAGCUAUGUAAACAUAUCCUUUUUCAGUGUAGGUGGGUAGAAUUAGGGGCAUGGGUUGGUGGGGAUGUGUUGGUGGUUGGACUAUAUGAUCUUAGUGGUCUUUUCCAACCUUAAUGAUUCCAUGAUUCUACAAGUGCCGUUUAAAAUAUAUAUAUAGAUUUUUUUUCCCCCCCCAGUGCGUUCAGCUUCAUGCUUUCCUUGAAAGACAUCUGCCUUUAGGCAGUCUCAUGCUGAAGCUUAGGUCAGUGAUGAUCUGGUGGAUACAGGUCAUAAACAGUUCUUCUGUGGACUAUCUGUGGGAGACUGGCAUGUAAGUGACAGCAAAAUAUCUGUAAUUCCCAUGCUGCAUUAUAAUGCAGUAAAUCGUUUAUAAUGCAGUGGGCAAGCUUAGGAAAAUGCAGAGUUGCCAGCUAAGCUUUGAGUUCAGUAGAAACUUCAGAGUGAGGAAAAGUUAACUUGAAAUUUACUUGCUUUCAUACAUUUUUUCUGCAUCAGAGCAUCUAGAAAUAAUUCAAAUGUAUUAUCUCACUGUAUACACAGAGGCGUAUGUAACAUCACCGUUUUACUGAAAUAAUAAGUGUCAGUUUAUCUGAGGAAUGUGAGGUGGGGGGUGGGAUCAGAAAGCAGAUUUAGCAUGACAGUAAUUUAUCUCUACAUUACAUUAUACUGCUGUGAAUUCCUUAAAAAAAUAAAUCCUAGCACCUGCUAUUGUAUAAGUUAAAUAUCGCUCAUCUGUAGGCUGAGCUGGAAAUGUAAGGGUAGCUCAGCACACGGAAAACAGAGGAUGCUGUGCUCAGUAGGAAACCAGGCCUUCGGAUACCGGAGUUUUGUUUUAUAUGGAGUUGCUCAGAUUCAUCUCAUAUCAAUGUCUGUCUCUAUUACUGCUGCAGGACAGACCCUGUGCAGUGCCAUUUGCUGCUGCACACGCUUGGUCCUCUUACAAGAGAUGCUUAGCAGCACUGGCUACAAAUCCAUAAGCCCAGGAAAAAAUCAUGGUCAUGUUGGGGGUUUGACAGAGAAGUAGGUUAGUGUCACCAGGGAAAGCAGCAGUUUUUUGCUGGUGAGUGUACUGAGAGGAGGAGGGUGCAGCUGAAGAAUAUUUGGGUCUGUAACAUGUGGUGUUUGGACCAGUGCUGGUCUCCUCUUUGUGGCUGUAGUGAGGAUGUGAGGUUUCUUGGAAAAGGCUGAAGGUGCUGCUGUGUUCUCAAACAGAUCUGCCACAACCUCCUUAGCAGGAAUGAAGCAAAGGCAGAGGAGUGGUUAAAUGCCAGGCUGACCUGCUGCCCAUGUGGUACCAUGUGUCCUGUUGACCCUGCAUCAGCCUUUUGAAUGAUUCAGUGUGCACUGGUUUGAUCCCUGGGAAGAGUAGUUAGCCUCAGUAUCUGGUUUUUCUCCUUGCUGAAAAGCUUAUGAUGCGUUGGUCUGUGUGUUGGGUGAGUGGUGGCUUCUGCUGGGCCCUGCUAUGAAGCAGCAGCCUGGCUUGGCACUAAGGUGUACCCAACCCUGGGUUCAGCUGUGUCAGUGCAGUUUAGAAUAGCUGGGAGAUUUCCUAGAGAGGGAAUAGAGCUGCUGAAAGCCCAUGAAGUGGCUUUAUUGAAGUUUUGCUCUCUUUGUGCUUUUUGAAGUAUGUGCCUGAUGCCAGAGACCAUCAGUGAUAGCUGAGAAUGCAUUUUCUGCACUAAUGAGAUUUGAAGCCCCUGGUGGUCUGCCUUUGGGAUUUGCUGCCACAAGAUAUAUCUUCUAGCAUGUGUAUUUCUGGCCAAACCCUCCUUCACACUGACAAAAUUUAACAUGUUGAGACCCUCUACCUGACUGGGGAGCUGUCAAGAUGCAAGUUACGGCUUGCAGCCGCAUCUUCAGUUUGGGUUUUCACAGGAAACCCAUUGCAUAUAUAGACAAGAUGUUUGCCCUGAACAGCACAGAAGAGCUGGAAGCAAGCAGAUAAAAUUAAACUUGAUGGCCAAGGAGAAAGGCUGCCAGUGCGGGAAAAAAGCCUGAGCUACCCCCUGCCCUCAGUCUCCACUGCAAAGUGGUAAGUGCUCAAAGCUGAGUAGGGUGAGCUGCUCUUUUUCUUGGUUUGAAGGAGCUAAAGAGAGCACGGUUUUAAUCCUGUUAUAUUCAUGUAGCUAAAAAUGCUCACUCCUGUUUCUUCUGUAAUCCUGGAUAUAUACUGCAGAACUACUUUAAAUUAAAUAAAUAAAUAAAUACAUAUUUUUUAACUACUCCAAAAAUUCCAGCAUAGCUAUUUAUAGAGAUGGCAAUAAAAUGAAAAGGAAAACAACCCCUAAGCAGAUCUCUGGAAACUCAUAAAUGAAGGCUCUGCAGUUCUGCAAACUUAGUCUCUGCAGAGGAAUGAAGAUCAGUUUGCACAAGAUUUGAAUCAAUUGAUUGGUAAUGGCAAGGGUUAAGCAAUGCUGGCAAACUGAGACUAAAGCAGACAUCGUCAAUACAUUCUGUAGAGAUUCUGGCUAUUAGCUGUUUGAAGAAGGGCUUGGAAAAGGGUAGGUUCCUUCAGUCUUCCAGGCAAUAUUUAUGUACUUGUCUGGUUGGAAUGUGUUUUAUUUUGUGUGAGAAUCUGCAUUAGUUUGGUGCAGACUAAGAACAAACUAUAAUCCGAAAAGUUCUUAACAAAAAUGAGGUGCCAGCAACCUGCUGUUGGACUGAAAUCUGCAGUAACUCUUGGCACCUAAACUCUUGCCAUGGAAGCCUCUUCUUUUGGAGAUGCCUGUUUUUCUACAUUGUUCUCUCCCAUUUUGCUUUUUGAACUUCACAGUAGAACAAAAUAUGAGAUCACCAGUGGUCCCAUGAGCUGGUAUGUGGAAUCUCUUUACACUGUUUAAUGGGUCUAGUGUCUAUACUCAUGUUCAGUAUUAUAAAUGGAGUCCCAGAACAUGGGGUUGAGGGUGGAGAAUGAACUCUUUCCCCGUUGAAAGGCAAUUUAGUGGUUGGACUAGGUGAUUUUAGUGGUCUUUUCCAACCUUAAUGAUUCUCUGGUAAUUAAUGGUUUUGGUUCACGUACCUUGAAUUGAGAUUUUAAUUUGGAUAUGGAUCUGAUGCCAAGCAUUGCAAAUUGCUGGGUUGCAUAAGCAGGUUUCCAGUUUUCAGCAGGUUUCUUAAAAUAAUGGUGUUUCCCUCCCUUUUUAAAAUAAGUGGCCUGGAAAACUAUAACGGCAAAAUAUUAGACAUUUAUUUUAGUCAGAGACUUAUUUCAAAGAAAUUCAGCACUCACUUUGCCCUUUGAAAACCACCAGGUUUAAAUUAUGGUAGAUCAAUUCUUGACAGGCAACUUUUGAGGCUGGCAAAAUGUUAUUAUUAAAGCAGACGUGUGCAGCUUUCUGAUAAGUUAAUACAUCAGUGGCAGAACAAAACAGCUACAUGCUGUAUUAAUGUACCCAUCAUUUUUAUGUCUCCAUGUGAAGCAUUAAUAUCUGUGUACAGGUUUUUUUUUUAAUUUAGGAGAGCUCGUUGAGUGUAGGAUAAUACAUGUGAGGAUUUGGAUUUAUGAAUGCAUUAAGGAAUAUUGAUAGCAUUUGUGUGACAAUUGUGACUGUACGCUAUGGCUCAAAGUAUUUUCUCUGGAUGAAAGUUUAUGAACUUAUUUUGGCUCAACUGGACAGAUAUAAAAGUUGCACUUCUAUUUUAUGACUUGCUACUAGUAAUAAUAAUAAUAAUAACAAAUCCACUCUUUUUUUUUUUUUUGCUGUAGGUUGAUGACCUGCUCCCUGUUUGGCUUUACAAUGAUAGGUUUGUUUUGAAAAACAGCCUAUUUACUGACUUAUUUUGUGACUUUUAAAUUUAUUUAUUCUAUUCUAAUUAAGUGCUGUGGAAAGAAAAGUUCUGUUUAAAAAUGAUUUCAAAAUUGCUUGUGUACCACUGGUAGAUUUUUGUACAUAAAAGAGCACCUGUAGAAAAAGAAAAAGAAAAACCCAAUUUAAAUACAUCUCCAAAGCUCCAAAUGAUGAUGGAAGGUCUGUGGAUCAUGAAUAUAUUGCAAACUGAGAACUAUGUGUUAACUCUGUAUGGGUUAGUUCUGAGCUGAACACUGCACUUGUGCUUCCCAAACAGGUCCCCUGCAGCACAGCUCCCACUGUGAUGCCCUGGUUUCUGGUUCUGUGGUAUAUAUGUGCUGGAACUGGAUGGCUGCUAGGAGGUGGGGCUGGGAAGUGGUGGCACCUCAGAUGCAUCUCACAAAACAUAAAUGGUCUCCACAUGAUGAAUUUAGAUAUUCUUGCUGCUUCUGCAGGGGGUGAAGGUGAUAUCAGUACUGCAGUCCAUUUGGUGUAGAGGUUGUUCCGUAUGUGUCAGGGUAGAAUGAUGCUCCCCUACCUGUACGUAGGACGUGGUGUUUCCAUUAAGAAAGACGUGGUUAUUUUUGUUUAUGCUGUGCCUUGUGUAUAUUUACCUCUAAUUUUCUAACCCCCCAAGCUGUAUGAAAUCACUAACAAAUUUGAGGUUCUUCUUUUAGGGAAGAGUUUGACAGACUGUAUAAAGCACAAAACAUUCUGAUCUUUUUUCCCCCUUCUAAUACAGUUCUUUUCCUCCCUCUCUGCUCCUAUUUUUGUAUUUCCUUUUUUUUUUUUUUUUUCCCAGAGUGAUUUGAAAAACUAUAAUUUAAAUAAUUACAAGAUAAAUCAGAUAAAUUACCCGUUAAGGAAGAGAAGCCUCAGCUACCCUGGAAAAUCAGUUACUGCUUUCCUAUUCAGUCGGCAUUUCCCUGCAGUCUCAUCUGUGGCCUCCAUAAUUCAACCUGCACUAGGCACAGGACUGUAUACAUGAACUGUAGACAAAUCCAAGUAUCCUUUUUCUUGGCUUUGAUUUUUUGUUGCUUUUUACAUGAGUUGGACGAUUCAAGCCAUUUUUAAAAGCAACAUCUCAAAGCCCACUCACUCGUGUUAUUUUGGUUGUAUGAAAUGUCUCUGGCUUAAAACCUCAAUAAAAUGACUUGUACAAAUACUGCUGGGUAAAAGGCAUAGACUUUCAAAGCAGUGUAAUCAGAUGUCAGCCUGUGCACUCUCUCCAGAUCUCAAAAAAAGCAGCAAAGAGCCUUGGCAGCAAUGGAAGUCAUUCCUAAUGUUUUCUCUGUGCUACUGCAACAUCUGAUUGCUGGAGUGUUUCAGGCUUUCAGGAGGAAGCUGAAUUUAGGAGGAGCAAACAAUGGUGCUUAACAUUUUCUUCUCUGUUUGUAUGAACAACCUUUGUACCUAAUGACUCACUAACAGCCUUGUUCAACAACUGAAGUAAAUGAUUGCACUAAAACCAGUCUUCCAGCCUUUUUUACUAAUGAUCUGUGACUUGUUCCUAAUUUUAAAUUACUGCAACAUGUAAAUAUAUGUUGUCAGUCUCUGUACACUGAAGUAGUAGCCACUCCGCUGUAGCUUGGCCAGUGUUUGAGCCUGAUUACUGUUGUGAUGUGUUGGGUAAAGAUCUGGUGCAACCCUCAGCUCUGCUUAAGGCUGUCAGGUGAGGUCCUGGAUGACUGGAGGAAGGGUCACAUCACUCCCAUUUACAAGAAAGGGAGCAAGGAGGACCCUGGCAAGUACAGGCCUGUGAGUCUCAGCUCUGUGCCUAGGAAUAUCAUGGAACAGAUCAUCCUAGAUAACAUGCUUGAUCACAUGAGGA